AUGGAGAACCCGAAUAAAUGGAUUUCAUCACGUGUUACAAUUUUACGUAAUUUAUUUACUAAAGAAUUUGUAGAUAAUGUUAACUCUGGCUUAAAAAGAUUGCUAGCAAGAUUAUGGGGAGUUCGCCCGGGGAGUAAACCAUCAGAAAACCAAAUAAAAGCCAUAAACGAUAUUUGUCAUAUUAUCGGCGAAUGUCAAGUACCUAAAAACGAAAAAGUUAGGAAACGACUUGCCGAUGUAUUUAGAAAUGAGGGGUCAGAUAAAUUUCUUACUGGUUCAGACGAUACUGAUGUGAAUUGGGAGUAUCAUCACAAAAUUCCGGGUAACGGUGGAAGCGGAUCAGCUAGCCUUAAUUGCAUCGAUCAACAGUUUCCCUUUUUCAUAGUUGACGGAUUUGCAGCACAUAAGGAUGAAAUAGUUUUGGCGGCAGAAGUUGCAUUCGGAUACAAUUGCAAUCUUGCAGCUGCCUACUAUUUAAUCGGAAGGUGA